AUGGCUACUGCUGCUCCGGUCUCGUCGUCGGCCGCCAGCCCCUUGUCACCGCACAGCCAAUUUCGCACAGAGGGUUCUGCCGUCGAGAACGACGCAUCCUCUUCGACCCCGACACCGCCGCUACGCGUCGUCAACGAUCUGUUGGUCCGCCGCGUGAGGGAGGGUCCUCAUUCCCCUUUCUUUGCCUACCCGGCCACGCCGCGGGGCAAAGACGACUACGUUCAUCACACGGUCGGAGACAUUGACCGCUAUGCAGAUGCCGCGGCCAGUCUGUAUCUGCAGUCUGGCGUUGUUCCGCAGCAUCCAAGUGCGCAAAAGGCCGAGGUUGUUGCACUCCUGGCACCUUCCAAUGUAGACUACGUUGUGUCGAUGUUUGCACUGUCGCGGUUGGGUUUUGCUGUGCUGUUGCUGUCGAACAGGCUGGCCACGGAGGCCAUUGUUAACCUGCUGCAAAAGACGCAGUGUACUAAGAUCAUCGUGUCGCCUCAUUAUGUGACCGCGGCCGUUGAAGUUGCAGCUACCGCGUCAACAGCAAACGGCCAAGGGCAUGGUCCCGUCUCUGUCUUUAGUCUCAGCGAGUACGGGCAGUACACCACGGUGUCCGCCCCGACCGAUACGGCAGCAGCAGCGGCUGCUGCUGACAACCACGCACUGGUCGAGGCCGCUUGGCCGUCGUUUGCAACCAUGCCGGCAGCCAGUCUAGCAACCCGGAUUGCCUUUGUCAUCCACUCAUCCGGCUCGACGGGCCUUCCCAAGCCCAUCUUCCAAACGCACGCGGCCUGUCUCGCCAACUACGAGAGCGGUAUUCCAUACCGCGCCUUUAUUACGCUGCCGCUCUUCCACAACCACGGACUCUCGACGCUGUUCCGCGCAUUAUGUGCCGGCAAAGCCGCCGCCCUCUACAACGCCAACCUGCCGCUUGCCGGCAGCACGCUGGUGGCGUCGAUGCGCACCGUCGCGCCCGAGAGUCUACACUGUGUGCCCUACGCGCUGAAGCUCAUGGCCGAGGAUCCGCGCGGUAUCGACGCGCUGCGCGCGCUCAAGCUGGUCCUGUACGGCGGCAGCAGCUGCCCAGACGAGCUGGGCGACCGGCUCGUCGCUGCCGGUGUCUACCUUGCGGGCCAUUACGGAGCUACCGAAAUGGGCCAGUUAAUGACGUCCUUCCGCGACCCGGAGAUGGACAAGGAGUGGGCGUAUAUGCGACCCGUGCCGUCAGCCAAGCCGUUCUUGCGCAUGGUACCGUUGGGUGCCGGUGCCGAGGGCAUCGACACAACCUACGAGUGCGUCGUGCUCGACGGCCUGCCGUCCAAGGUCUUGUCCAAUAGCGACGACCCGCCCAACUCGUUCCACACGCGUGACCUGUUUGCCAAGCAUCCGACGAUGCACGACGCCUGGAAGCACCUCGGCCGUAUCGACGAUCGCGUCACUCUGUUCAACGGUGAGAAGGUCCUACCCAUCCCCUACGAGCACCAGAUCCGCCAGCACGGUCUUGUGCGUGAGUGUGUCGUCUUUGGUGUCGGUCGCGCCGUUCCGGGCAUCAUGAUCGUGCCAAGCGACAAGGCCGCCUCGUUGGCCUCGGAGAGCAACAACAAGCUGCUGCUGGAUGCGCUGAUGCCCGCCAUUGAGGCCACCAACGCGCAGACUGAGGCGUUUGGUCGCAUCUCGCGCGAGAUGGUCGCGAUCCUGCCAGCUGACACUGAGUAUCCGUGCACCGACAAGGGCACUGUGAUCCGGGCCGCCUUUUACCAGCGCUUUGCCGCUGAGAUUGAGGCCGCAUACGUCCGGUUUGAGGGUGCGGCCGGCGACGGCGCAAAAGUGACCGCAUCGUCAAAGCCUCUCCUCACUCUAAGUGAGACCGAGGUCGAGAGAUACCUCCUCGACCUCUUCACCAAGGCUCUUGGUGUCCCUGCUGAUCGUCUGCAGGCCGACACAGACCUGUUUGACGCUGGCGUCGACAGUCUGCAGGCCAUCACGGCCCGUGCCCAGAUUUUGAGAGAGAUCGACCUCGGCGGCCGCAAGCCAGGCCACAAUGUCGUCUUUGAGCUGCCCAGCAUCCGCCAGCUCGCCCAGCACUUUGUGGCGCUGCGGACCGGUAGUAAUGGCGAACAUGACAGCAACGACACCAGCGAGAUCAAGGCCAUGGACGAGCUGAUUGCCAAGUACAGUGACUUUUCAGCGUUCGCCAAGUUCGACUCGACAACAACCAAAACACGUCACGGCGGUCCACAGACCGUGCUACUGACCGGCGCCACGGGCUCUCUGGGCGCACACAUACUGCAUCAGCUCGUCCAGAAGGACGCACAACAGGUGGCACGUGUCUACUGUCUUGUCCGGGCCCCGUCACGCGCCGCUGCCGAAGAGCGUGUCCAGGUGACACUUGUCGCCAAGGGCCUAUCGCCGCUUCCACGGGACGAGCGCGUUGUCUGUCUGUCCGCCGAUCUUAGCCAGGGCUCGCUCGGCCUUGACGAUACGGUGCUGGCCGAUUUCCGCGAGACCUUGACCACCGUCGUCCACGCCGCCUGGGCCGUCAACUUCAGCCUCGGCGUCCGCAGUUUCGAGUCCCACCACAUCCGCGGCACGCGCAAUUUGCUCGACGUCGCCCUCUCAAACGUGGGCGGCGGGCGGCCAGCCGCCCGUGUCUUCUUCUGUUCGUCCAUCUCGGCCGCCGCUGGUGCGCCCCUCCCUGCCACCAUUUCCGAAGGAUACGUUACCAAUCUCCACCACGCCCAGGCCAUGGGCUAUGCCCGCUCCAAGGUCGUCACGGAGCAUAUUGUGCGUGCUGCCGCCGAGCAGACCGGCAUGACCGCGCGGGUCUUGCGUCUGGGCCAGAUCAUUGGCGACGCCGAGCGUGGCAUCUGGAACACCUCCGAGGCCAUCCCGCUGAUUUUCCAGAGCGCCCGUACCACGGGCGCCCUGCCGGCAUUGGAUGAGACGCCGUCGUGGAUGCCUGUCGAUGCCAUGGCACGCGCGGUCUUGGAGCUGUCUGGCUUGACGGGGCGGCCUGAAGAAGACGACGCCGACACCGGCGGCACCGUCGAUCUGUCCACGGUCUACCAGGUCCAGAACCGCAACGUGUUCCGCUGGACCGACGACCUGCUUCCGGCUCUGCGUGCCGCCGGCCUCGAAUUUGAGAUUGUCCCGCAGCGCGAAUGGGUGGCUCGCCUUCGCGCCUCCGACCCAGACCCACGCCGCAACCCAGCCAUCAAGCUCAUUGAUUUUUAUACUGGAAAGUACGACAACGACCGGCCUGGACGCGCAGGCCUUGUUUUCGAUACGCACAAGACGGAGGCAGCGAGUGCCACCGUGCAAUCCGGCUUCGACGUCAUUGGGAGCGGGCUGGUAGCAACGAUGGUGUCCUGGUGGAAGACGCAGUGGUAA